GUUCCAGGAGACUUCUAGAUUCCUCCUCAGCAGAUUCCUGCAGUUCUCGGUCCCGCCGGCCGCGGCAGCACCGAGCGGCUGCUGGACCAGGAGGGCCCCCUGGCGGUGGGUUGUGACAUGACGUCACGUGACGAGCUGAACUUUAACUCACACAUUUAACAUCAAACACCACCGAAGAAGAAACCAGUCCAAUCGGCACAGCGGCGGUGGAGCUAAGCUACAACAGCUAGAUUACGCUAAGCUAACGCUAGGAGAAGCUAGGCUAACAUCAGUAUAACGCUAGGAGAAGCUAAGCUAACGCGAGCCGCAGGCCCGCCCCCCCCGCCAGCUCCUGGUGCUCACCCCGUCAGAAGGUGCUGGUUCUCGGUGCCUUGCUCGUUUCCUCUCGUCAGAAAACGACGCUCCUCCUCCCUCCGGCUCAGAUGUUGGAUUUCCUUCAGCUGCUCACCGUGCUGCGUACCCGUGUCGCCGGCGGCGGGUCAGCGGUCCGUCUCUGCUCCCUCGUGUCCCACAUCAACACCUCGGGAUGCGCUGGCUGUCACAUGACCUGGUGCACUUCGGUUUCAUCCCAUGGUUCUCACCCAUCAUCCUCUUCUUCUUCUUCUUCUUCUUGUUUAAUGGCGGGUGGCAGCUAAAGUUAAAGAGGUGUCCAGAGUCGUCCAGCUCGAGCAGAGGAUGAGGAGAUGAAUGGAGUGACUUUUGAAGCAGAACAAACAGGAGAGGACUUUCAAGGAGGAGCGACGGCUCCAGACAGAGCCGCUGUGAGCCGAGGCAGCGGUCGCUCUAGAUACCGGCACCGCUGCACAGUAUGCAGCCGGGAGUUCUCUCGCCCGUCCCGCCUGGCGGACCACAUGGCCGCGCACUCAGGAGACAAACCCCACAGCUGCUCCGUGUGCGGGAAGCGCUUCAGCAAGAAGAUCAACGUGACGGUGCAUCAGCGCGUCCACACCGGAGAGAAGCCGUACUCCUGUCCCGUCUGCGGGGUCCGCUACGCCCAGCUGGGCUGCCUGCGGCGGCACCGGCUCGGACACGCCGCCGAGAAGCCCCACCAGUGCUCGGUGUGCGGGCGAGGCUUCGUUCAGCGGCGGCAUCUCGUACAACACGAGCGGAUGCACACAGGCGAGAGGCCGUUCUCCUGUCCGCUGUGUCCCAAGCGCUUUGCCUCUCGGACCGGGCUCAGCGGCCACCAGAAAACCCACAAAGAGGAGAACCUGCGCUCCUGCUCGUUCUGUGAGAAGGUCUUCUCCACGCCGUCGUCCUUCAGGGAUCAUGUGAGGCUCCACACGGGACAGAAACCCCACCCCUGCUCGCUGUGCCACAAGAGCUUCAACCGGCCGGGGCUGCUGAGGAAACACCUGCAGAAACACGCUGAGGAAGAAGAUGUGCUCCAAGCUGCCAAGAGGGGGGAAACUUCUCAUAGCUGCCUCCUGUGCCACAAGAGAUUCUCCACUGCCGAGAAGCUGCUGCUGCACCAGCAGCUCCACCAGAGGGCGCUGCACUUCAGCUGCGACACCUGUGGCCGAGGUUUCACCAGAGCGUCCCGGCUGAGCGAGCACGUCAGGUCUCAUACCGGAGAAAAACCCUUUCAGUGCGCAGUCUGCAAGAAGAGAUUCUCCGUGCAGAGGGUGUUCAGGAAGCACCAGGAGAUCCACAGCAAAGAGGGACGUGCCGCCACAGCCCCUGAUGAGGGGCCGCCUGAGGAGGGGCCGCCUGAGGAAGGGCCGCCUGAGGAGGGGCCCCCUGCUCGAGGAGACCACCAGAUGGACGCCGUGCACACGCCUCACUGCUGCUCAGCUUGUGGAAAGACGUUCCCCACGGCCGGCCGCCUGAGAGCGCACGUGAAGAUCCACGCCUCCGACAGACCUCACUGCUGCAGCAUCUGCUCCAAGAGCUUCCUGCGGCCCUGCCUGCUCCGCAAGCACAUGAGGAUCCACGUCAGAGACGGACUCAUCGCCCCCCCCGCCGACAAGGAGUUCUGGUCCAACAUGCAAACUGUGGAGGAGGAGGAGGAGAAAAGAGGGAUGAAGAUGGAGGACGAAGAAGAAGACGCUCUGGACGACCAGAUAAGAAAUGACUCAGGAGAGCGUUCAGCCAGCGCCGAGUCCUUCACCUGGACCUCCAGCCGGCUGCCAGGUCACCACGAGAACCCUGACCGCUCGGCGUUGAGGAAGGACGGGGACGGCCAUGAGGACGGGGACGGACAUGAGGACGGGGACGGACAUGAGGACGGGGACGUCAGUGGUUUGAUAAACUCUGAUGGAGAGGAAGAGGAGUGGAGGCCGCCCCUCACAGACUCAGCGAGCGGCUCAGAGACGCCGGCGGGGGGGAAAGGGAGGCACUGCUGCCCCGUGUGCCGCCGCGACUGCUUCAAAGCCUCGGCGCUGCAGAAGCACCUGAGGAUUCACUCCGGCGAGCGCCCGUUCCAGUGCCCCACCUGCAGGAAGAGCUUCACGCAGCAGGUCCACAUGACGGAGCACCUGAGGAUUCACACCGGAGAGAAGCCCUACACCUGCACCGACUGCGGCAAGAGCUUCACCUUCUCCAGCGCUCUGCGCCGGCACCAGCGGCUGCACACUGACGCCCGGCCGUACCGGUGCUCCGUCUGCCAGAAGACCUUCAAACAGCAGUGCUCGCUCAAGACCCACCUGCUGACCCACUCCGGAGUCCGGUACCAGUGUCCGCUCUGCAGCAGGAGCUUCAGCCGCGCCCUGGAGCUCACCUACCACGUGGACAUGCACUCGGACGCACAGCCCUACUUCUGUGACAUCUGCAAGAAGAACCUGAGCGGAGCCAGGAUCUACCGCAAACACAUGAAGAAGCACGAGUCACAGACGUCACCACAGACGUCACCACAGACGUCACCACGGACGUCACCACAGACGCCACCACAGACGUCACCACAGACGUCACCACAGACGUCACCACAGACCUCACCACGGACCUCACCACAGACCUCACCACAGACCUCACCAGGAGAAGGUGCAAAGGAGGCGCUCGGAGCCCCUGAGACUCUUUAAAGGACGGAUCUGGUGUUUUCCCGGUUGGUGCCGGUUCCUCCUGAAACCUGAGAACCGUUUGUUUCUGAAAUACUGAAGUCUUAUUUUUCAAGGUGCUGGUUUGAAGCAAACACAAAGUUGAGCUGGAGCUGAUGUGAGGCGUCGGUUUGGAACUUGAGGGGAAUGAACUCUGCUGUGAACCUGGACCAGUCCUGCAAAUACACUGGUUUUACAUUUCUGUUACUGGUAAAUAAACCAGAGACAGAUCGUUCUUCAGUGACCUUUAAAUGUGUCGGUAGCUUUUCUUUUGCCGUCAUGCUAAGCUAGGCUAACGUUAUCCUGACUCAUCGAUCUGCAGCUGGAAUCUGUUUCUAUUCUCCCUCUCUGAACUGCUCUCCUCUGAUUGGUCGAUACAGUCUUUUCUACUGCAUUGCUUGUUUUUCCCACAGACUGUAAAUAAAGAUGGACGUCAUGAGAACUCCUAGAAGUGACACUAGGACAUCUCCAUCGCCCCCUGGUGUCCGGCUGCAGUACAGGUCAUGGACCCUCCUCCUCCAUGUUAGCAGAUGGGACAUGGACCAAACAGAAAAGUAGACGUUAAAUAAAUGUUUGUAAAGAUG